AUGAACGGGAGCAGCCACUCGCCGACCGCCAUCAAUGGGGCCCCGUCCACCCCCAACGGAUUCAGCAACGGGCCGGCCACCUCCUCCACCGCCUCCCUCUCCACCCACCAGCUCCCACCGGCCUGCGGCGCCCGCCAGCUCUCCAAGCUCAAGCGCUUCCUCACCACGCUGCAGCAGUUCGGCAACGACAUCUCCCCCGAGAUUGGGGAGCGGGUGCGCACCCUCGUCCUGGGGCUCGUGAACUCCACGCUCACCAUCGAGGAGUUUCACGCCAAGCUCCAGGAAGCCACCAACUUCCCGCUGCGACCCUUCGUCAUCCCUUUCCUCAAG